AUGGAGGUAGUCCGAGGUCUGUGGUCAGAGGCUGUAAAGGUAUAUCUCCAUCGGAAAUAUUUACUCAUAGGGGGGCCGUUCCAGACAAAAGCCAUGUACCCCGAUUGGGUUGUGUGGCUUUACACUAAUCCUCGCGGCCGGGAAGAUGUCCUCUGCCCGCUCCUGCGCGAUUUCCCUCACUUGUACAUCUGUGACGUCACCAACUUGCCUUCGCUUGGAAAUGUGACGUCAAUACACAACAUGGUGUGGAGAGCGCUGCCCCUUGGCGACGAAAGGGUCUCCGCGUUCUUCGUCCGAGACUCAGAUUCGAUCCUCCUGGAACGAGGCGCUGCGGCCGUGAGGGAAUGGAUGGCGGGGAACAAGAGCUUCCACCUGCUGAGGGACCAUCCGUACCAUGGAAUUCCCAUCAUGGGAGGGCUGUGGGCGCCCGCUGGGACUUCGAGACGCCUUCUACAGAAAGUGUUGUACCCGAAGACGAAAGGUGAUGCGAUGUCCCACGACAGUUACUUCUGCCAGCGCUUCCCAGAUGGCUUCAGACCUUUCCCGAUCCAGCGUGAGAACGGCCAUUUCAUAGGGAAUGUCAUGGAUGUAGAGAUCGACCCUAUGUUUGCUAAUCAACCCUGUCCAGUGGCCUGCCGUCCAAAGGAUCAUCAGGACUGGACCUACUGCUAACCAUCGCCGCUGAAGACCUUAGUUGUAGACGUGGCAGAUAAUGUUAAAUAAUCCGUUACUGCUGACUCAGUCUUUCGUUAGUUGCUGUCGCGACAGGCAAUAGCAACGCGAAUGAAAUUUGUGGCACUUUCUAGCAUCCUAACAAUUUUUUUGUCAUUGGAAAUGAGGGCUAAUAUACCUAAUGUAGAGGAGAGGAAUCAUUGGGCAUUAUAUAUCAUUUAUAGAAAAUAUGUAUGGCAAAUAAAGCACCAGAUUGGAUAACAUACAAAUCCUCAGUGACCAUCUUGAGUUGCUGAUAUGAUCAUUUUUGCUCGCAACCAAUUUUCUUUGUUGCAGAUAUGUGAAUCACAACAUAAUUAAUGCAACAAAACAAAGCAAGGUCCACCAAUAUUUAAAAAAAACAAACAUGAAUAACAAUCAAUUAUUGUCACUUCGGAAUAUCGUUAUUAAAAACGAAAACUAUGGUUGUUGCUCGCACCAUAAAUAUUCUUGUUGGCACUCGAUCGCAUACAAUAUUUAUCCUCCCAUGUAACUCCGUUUUCAUUUACGAUUUUUCGAAAUUAUUCGAGCAAUUAGAAUGAGGAUUAUCUCAUGAAUCUGCCUUCUCCUGUUAAAAAAAAUUGAGGCUAAUUGUAACAUAAAGAAGGUCACUGUUAUGAUGAUUAGUGAUGACAAUGUUUCUAGGGUUAAAUGGCCUUUAGGUGUUGUCGUGGAAACAUUGUCCCUGGCAGUGAUGGAACGUGUUAGUGUUAAAACUGCCAAGGGUUUAUACAAAGCCAGUCCAGCUUUUGUAUGAUCUAGAAAUUGUUGAUUCUAAGGAAUCCAGUGAUUCUGAGAUUGACUCUUAUGACGCCUUUGUUGCUCCUACAUUAGGAUCUGAAGGUGAAAUCCUCCUAUAGUCCAGGAUGACUCUGCUUCUACUCCUAAAAUUACCGCUCCAAAUAUAGGUCAAGAAGGAGAUGAAGAGGUUUCAAAAAUCCUUGUUCUUACCCUUUCACCUGGAAAUGCAGGAAAUGAUUCUCGUGCUUCAACUGUUUCUAAUGAAGCACAAAAUGUUUUGGACAUUCCUGUUGACGUUAGUGAAGCUAAUCCCGUUCUUAGUGAUUUGUGAAUCAGUUUUAUUUAAUUCACAGAUAUCAGUUUGGUUCCCUUGUAACAAAGUAUUCAUUGUUCUUUCCUUGCAUUAAAGCAUAGGCAAUUUGUAAUUCCAUAUUACAGAAUUUGAAAUUUUGCAUUAUUGUUCUCUUUGUAUUCUGUAGUAAUUGCAGUCUUUGAUUUUAAGCAUUGUAUGUU